AUGAACAGCGCUUUGAGCAGAGCCCGUUUCGCAAUCAAGAGUUACUCGGUGGACCAAGGAUAUCCUUCUCGUCGUCGCUCACUCGUGGACGAUGCGAAGUUCGAGACGCAGAAGAAGCGAGAGCUCUCCAUGGUGCUCAACGAAUCGAUCGAAGUCCCCGCUGGUCUGGAACUGAUCAACGAAGUUUUCAGCGGCGACUUGCCGAAGACCGACGCUCGCCCGUCGACCCACGUGGUUGUCACCCUGAAGAAAGGCGUUGAAGGUUUGGGACAGGUUCUCAAUCUGGUUGAGACCCAUCGUGGCCAUGUGGCUCAUUUGGAGACAAGGCAGCCGCAAGCCGGCUGCGUCCAUUAUGAGGCCUUUCUCACUCUCGAAAUGCAGCGGCUGGAUUUGCUGGAGUUCACGAAAAGUUUGACGCUCGAGGGUCUUGGCGACCUACGGAUUGUCAAAGAGAUCUCAGCGGCUGGUGCAGGUGAUAUUUGGUUCCCAUCCCAUAUCACGGAUCUCGACUUUUGCACGCAUGUGCUCACCAAAUUCGAGCCGGAUCUAGACUCCGAUCACCCGGGUUUCAAUGACAUCGCAUACAGAGCCCGGAGGAAAAAAAUUGCGGAAGUUGCUUUUGACUACAAAGAAGGCCAGCUCAUACCAGACGCAGACUAUACCCCCGACGAGGUGAAAACAUGGGGAAUCGUAUACACCGAAGUCAAGCGGCUCGCUCCGACACAUUCAUGCGCCGAGUUCAAUCGAGGACUAGAGAUUCUCGAGCAAGAAGUCGGCUAUGGUCCUCAUGCUAUCCCGCAACUUCAGGCCGUGUCGGACUUUCUGAAGAGGAAAAGCGGGUUCCGUCUCCGACCGGCUUCGGGACUCCUGACUGCGAGGGAUUUCUUGGCCUCCUUGGCGUUCCGCGUAUUCCAAUGUACUCAGUAUGUGCGCCAUCCGUCGAACCCGGAUCAUUCUCCUGAACCAGACUGCAUACACGAGCUGAUAGGUCACAUCCCUAUGUUCGCGAAUCCACAAUUCGCCGAGUUCUCGCAGGACAUAGGACUUGCCUCGCUAGGUGUCAGCGACGAGGACAUCGAGAAAUUAGCGACGCUUUAUUGGUUCACUGUGGAAUUCGGCCUCUGCAAAGAGGGCAGCAAUAUCCGAGCGUAUGGCGCUGGCUUACUCUCAUCGAUCGGAGAAAUUCAACAUGCUCUAUCAUCGAAACCUUCGGUCCUCCCAUUCGACCCUGAAACCACCGCUGUUCAGAAAUAUCAAGAUCAGGAUUAUCAACCAACGUAUUUUCUGGCCGAAAGCUUUCUUGAUGUACAAGCGAAGUUCAGAGAUUACGUCCAGAAGAAUAUAAGGCGGCCUUUCAGCAUCCUGUACGACCCUUACAUAAACUCGGUCAUUAUUUUGACGUCACCCCAAGAGGUGUGCAAGGCCAUCGAUAAGCUUCAGAGCCAGAUUUCCGCACUCUAUUUAGCGAUGCAGGAUUUCAUUUUCACCAAAGGAUUCAUGAAAACUAUCCAAAUCGAUUGA